GUCUCCGCUAAGGACGGCCUCGGUUGCCGCGAGCUCCUCGACGCCAUCGUCGACCGUGUACCUGCCCCCAGGGGAACCGAUGACGCGCCCUUCCGUGCCCUCGUGUUCGACUCUACCUACGACACCUACAAGGGUAUCAUCGCCUACGUCCGCGUCGCGGACGGCCAGAUCUCCCAGAACGACCGCCUCCGCGUCAUGUCCUCCGGCCGCUCGGUGGAAAUCAUGGAGGUCGGCGUGUUUGCGCCCGAGCCGACCCCCACCGACUCUAUUCAGGCCGGACAGGUCGGCUAUGUCGCCACCGGCUUCAAGGAUGUCCAGGAGUGCGCCGUCGGCGACACCCUAACCAACAACGCCGACCCCGCCGAAGAUCCGCUCCCCGGCUACGUCGAGCUCAAAUCCAUGGUCUUCGCCGGCCUUUAUCCCGCCGACGGCGAGGACUACACGCGCCUGCGCACCGCCCUGGAUAAGCUCAAGCUCAACGACGCCUCUUUGAGCAUGGAACCCGAAAACAGCGGCGCCCUGGGCUUCGGCUUCCGUUGCGGCUUUCUCGGUCUCAUGCACCUCGAAAUCGUCCAGGAACGCCUCGAACGCGAGUACGACCUGGACCUGAUCGUGACGGCCCCCAGCGUCGCCUACGAGGUCCUGCUUACCAACGGAGAGGUUAUCCGCAUCGACAAUCCGUCUCUGCUCCCGUCGCCCAACUCCACCUCGGAAGUCCGCGAACCCAUCCUCGGCGUCACCAUCGUUGCUCCCUCCCGUUCUGUUGGCGCGAUUAUGGAGUUGAUGCACGCCCGCCGUUCCGAGUUUCGCCGUAUGGAGUACAUGCAGGGCGACCGCGUCGUCAUGGAAUACACCAUGCCCCUAGCCGAAAUGCUGGCCGACUUCUACAACCAGCUCAAGUCCCGCACCCAGGGCUACGCCUCGCUCGAUUACACCUUCGAGGGCUACCGCGCCGCGCCGCUGGUCCGCAUCGACAUCCUGGUGAACCAGACCCCGGUGGAAGCCCUCAGCAUGAUCAGCCACCGCGACAACGCCGUCGUUCAGGGCCGCGGCAUCGUCGAAAAACUGCGGACCACCAUACCCCGCCAGAUGUUCGAGGUGCCCAUCCAGGCCGCCAUCGGCAGCCGCAUCAUCGCCCGCGAGACCGUCCGAGCCAUGCGCAAGGACGUCCUCUCCAAGUGCUACGGCGGCGACAUCACCCGCAAGCGCAAGCUGCUCGAGAAGCAGAAGGAAGGCAAGAAGCGCAUGAAGCGCGUCGGCCGCGUCGAAGUCCCCCAGGAAGCCUUCCUCAGUCUCCUCAAGAUCGGCGAAGACGGCUAG